AUGAACGGUGGUGACUACGGUGGUUAUGGUGGUGGCCACGGUGGUUUUGCUAAUAAUUAUGUGAAUUAUCAUAACCAACAUUCUUUGUACAAGCCUGCACCUCCACCAUUAACAGCCAUUGAUAGAUUCUUAUGUGGUCGAACAAGAGUUGAUCAUCAAACUCUAAACCAAGAGAUUAGUCAAGCCUCGUUCGCCUCUUUGAACCCGGUUUCUGAUUUUUCGGCUUGGAGUAACAUGAUCAACAAUGAAAGUAGAAUUUUUAAUUUAGCAACAUUUUUACCAUCGGUCAAUAGCUUUGCAGUUGAUGUUAAUGCUGAUCAUGUGUUUACUAAUAACGUUGGGGAUCAAGCUAGAAAUUACUUGAUUUAUGAUCGAAAUGAAGAAUCUAAAUUGAAAGGUGGUGUGGCCUCUAAAGUUUUGAUCAAGGGACAAUGGACAGAUGAAGAAGACGACAAGCUAAUCAGGCUGGUGAAUGAAUAUGGAGAACGGAAAUGGGCUAUAAUAGCGGAGAAGAUGACUGGAAGAGCGGGGAAGCAGUGUCGCGAGAGGUGGCGCAACCAUUUGCGGCCCGAUAUCAAGAAAGAUACAUGGAGUGAAGAAGAAGUGAGAAUGCUAAUUGAAGCUCAUCAGAAACUCGGCAACAAAUGGGCGGAAAUCGCUAAAUUUAUUCCUGGAAGAACAGAAAACUCGAUUAAGAAUCAAUGGAAUGCAACAAAAAGAAAGCAAAAUUCCCGUAGAAAGAGCAAGAAAAGUGAUGCAAAAGAUAGAAAGUCUAAAUCAACUCUUUUACAAGAUUACAUUAGAAGCAAGACUAUUGAUCACAGUCUUGCCUCCUCUUCCUCCACCGUCACUGCUGCCACAACCACCGGCGACUCCACCAUUGUGGGCCCUGAGCUAACAAACUCAAACAACAACACUUCUGAUCCAUCUAUAGAGAUGACUCAGGCCUAUGACGAUGAGUUAGCUUUUAUGCAAGCCUUUUUCCAAACCACCUCUAAUGAUUCCUCCAGCCAUGUUUCUGAACUUAAAUCGUCGACUAUCGAUCAUUCAAUAGGGUUUUCUGGCAAUUCACAAUGCGGGUUUUCUUCAACUUCUUUUGAUGAGAACUGGAAUGUGUACUUGAACAAUUACUAUGAAGAUGAUAUGUCGCAAACCCUAGUUGCUCCUGAUUUGGAAGAAGUCAUUGCAAUGGCUAGUUCAGGUUAUCAUGUGCAUGGUUGACAUGAAGGUGGUGGUUCUUAUUAGUUAUUUGUUAGAGGGUCCUACUCAUGUUUUUCUUGAAAGUAAAAAUUUGUCGGAUUCUAAUAAUCGGAAGGUCAGUUGACCCUCUUAAGCCGUUUCCACCUGCGGCUGAGAUGGGUCAACGAUUGACGGUUUUUUAUUAGGUUGGAACUUUGUGAUUUUAAGGUUGAUGGUUCAUUUUUUCUA